AUGGUUUCUUCUAUUGGUUCAGUGAGGUUAUUGGCAGAGGAGGUGGGCGUGGAAGAAGGAAAGCUUGCUGUUGCUAGGAUCAGUUUCUCAGGCUUUGAGCGGGCUGCUAUGGAUGAGAUUGCCCUGCUGAAUUUCUUCUUCCCUGAAGAAAAGUCAUAUUCUGAAGAGAAAAGUAGGAAUGUUCGCCGCAAUAAAAGAAGCAAAAGUAGUGAAGGAGCAGAUGGUCCAGUUAAAAACAAGAAAAAGGGAAAGAAGGCAGGACCUCCUGGGCCCAAUGGCCCCCCAGGACCUCCAGGACCUCCAGGACCCCAAGGACCCCCAGGAAUUCCAGGGAUUCCUGGAAUACCAGGAACAACUGUUAUGGGACCACCUGGUCCUCCAGGUCCUCCUGGUCCUCAAGGACCCCCUGGCCUCCAGGGACCUUCUGGUGCUGCUGAUAAAGCUGGAACUCGAGAAAACCAGCCAGCUGUGGUGCAUCUACAGGGCCAAGGGUCAGCAAUUCAAGUCAAGAAUGGUGGAGUGCUCAAUGACUGGUCUCGCAUCACUAUGAACCCCAAGGUGUUUAAGCUACAUCCCCGCAGCGGGGAGCUGGAGGUACUGGUGGACGGCACCUACUUCAUCUAUAGUCAGGUAUACUACAUCAACUUCACUGACUUUGCCAGCUAUGAGGUGGUGGUGGAUGAGAAGCCUUUCCUUCAAUGCACACGCAGCAUCGAGACAGGCAAGACCAACUACAACACUUGUUAUACAGCUGGUGUCUGCCUCCUCAAAGCCCGGCAGAAGAUUGCAGUGAAGAUGGUACAUGCUGACAUCUCAAUCAAUAUGAGCAAGCACACCACCUUCUUUGGGGCCAUCAGGCUGGGUGAGGCCCCUGCCUCCUAGAUGCCCCCUGUUCUGCCCCUGCCCAUGC